AUGGUCACAUUGGAGUUCAACAUGACUGUCGACGAGCUGUUGCCCACCUACAAGAACUUCAAUCCUACAAAGGACAUCUCUCUGCUUGGUCCAUCGUGGAAUGGCGAGAUCACAAGGAAGAAGAGGAAGCACAGACACAAGCACCAUGAGGACGAUGAAGACGACACUGAUAAGGAGCACGAUGUGGCUGCAAGGGGCGCCAACAGGAAGAAGAGACCACUGGCCAGGACAGUUGCGACUGUAGAGUCAUUCACAAAGAAGGCUGGCUCAUCACGAAGGCAGUCAUUCGCAAACAAUCGAUCACUUUCAACUCCCAACCUCCGAGGUAGCAACAGCAGGGUGUCAAAGCCACGUGGCACAUCGCCAUACGCUGCAAGGAAGAGAAAGAUGGAUCAAGCUGACGACAACGAUGAAGAUGGUACCACCACAUCUGGUUGGUGGUCCGACCAGUCAUUCGAUUGGAUUACAAUCACUGGUGAUCAGACCAACCCAUUGAGGCUGAGGUUCAAGCGAGUCAAGGCCACAACAUCCACCACAACAACUACAACAUCCACGUCCUCCACUACCUCUGCCACUGCCACUGCCGCAGACGAGGCGAUUAAGUUAGACACAAGCGACAUCAGAGAUGAUUAUUGA